AUGUGAACGAAAUGUUCAAAAUUAUUCACCAUCACCCAUCUGAUAACAAACAUUGAAGUGUAAUGCAAGUGUGUUUGGUUUUUUGCAGUGUGUACAACCUUGAAAUCCAGUCGCAAACAACAUAAUCACUCUGGUUUCAGCAAAUUUGGACAGUGUCCAGCAUGGUCAACAAACCCUUUGUGCUCUGAUGAGGAGAGGGAGGAUAAAUGUCCAUCUGGAUGUCAACUGGAGGGUCUUAUUAAUGUGGCAGAUGAAGACAUUCGGAAACGACUGAGAAAUAUUUGUGGAAGGAUUCAACAGAAUCAGGGCAUCACCUCAUCAGUAAUGCAAAUGAGUGUCCAGCUUUAUGGGUUACAAAGAAAAGCUAUCAUCCAAACAUAUAUGCAGGAGAUCAGAUAUGCUGAGUUUGCUGAAGAACUUCAUAGAAACCUAACAUUCCUGCACAAGAGGUCUGCGAAACUUGCAGAAGACUUACGAAAGCAUCAUCGCAUGAUCUGGGAUCAGAUCAAUGAAAUCCGUCGAACUGAGGUGGACAUUGACAUCAAAAUCCGUGCGUGCAAAGGAUCAUGCAAGCAAACCUUUGACCAUGCCGUUGAUAACGAAGCCUUCAAAGAUAUGGAGAUCAAAAUGGCGCAGUUCAGCAAAAUCUCGAAGAGGCGGAUAUCAUUCGCCAAAGUCAAAAAACUAAAACUUCAGUCUGCUGAUCGGCCCGCUGUGUCCCCCACUUAUCGUAAAAUUCCCAUUGUUCGCACUGAGCUUCUCACAAAGUUUGAAGACAUUGGGCAGCAUCAGGUGGUUUUAGAUGAACUCCUUGAAGAUUUUUAAUCAUAUUUAUGUCUUGAUUAGUAAUAUGAGGGAUUGUUUUUAUCUAACACGGCAUGGUUUGGUAAUGUA